AUUUAUUCAAGCCACAGCUGUUUGAACUUUUCCUUUUCAAUUCCACGACCAUGAUAUCAUACCAUUUGAAUAAGGCUACAGAAACAAUUUGCAGUCUCUGGUCAUGGUGGUGGGCAGGUAGCAACAAGAAAUUAGAUGUAGUAGAUGGAGCAGUUCUCACAGUUUCUGUUGCUGUACUUGCAAUCUUAUGGUACUUACGUACAUCAAGGAAAGGAACAGCUCCAUGGCCGCCGGGUCCUCGUGGCUUGCCGGUUGUUGGAUAUCUCCCUUUUCUGGGCAGCAACCUUCAUCAUUCAUUUGCAGAAUUGGCUCAUCUCUAUGGCCCAAUCUUCAAGCUCUGGCUUGGAAACAAGCUUUGUGUUGUGUUGAGUUCCCCGUCCCUAGCAAAACAAGUGGUCCGCGACCAAGACAUCAUAUUCGCUAACCGUGAUCCGCCAGUUGCAGCAUUCGCCUACACAUAUGGUGGACUCGACAUUGCAUGGUCUCCCUAUGGCUCCUACUGGCGCAAUCUGCGAAAGGUGUUUGUGAGAGAAAUGCUGAGUAACACUAGCCUUGAAGCUUGUUACCCACUUCAAAGGUCCGAAGUCAGAAAGGCUAUUACCAAUGCGUAUUCCAAAAUUGGCACACCUAUGGACAUUGGCCAAUUGUCGUUCCAAACUGUUGUUAAUGUCACGCUGAGUUCCUUGUGGGGCAACACCCCUGAAGCCCACAACGAUGGUAAAAUUGGAGCCGAGUUUCGGGAGGCGGCGUCUGAAAUCACUGAAUUGUUGGGAAAACCAAACAUCUCCGAUUUUUUCCCGACGCUUGCUGGGUUUGAUAUACAAGGGGUGGAGCGGCAAAUGAAGAGAGCCUUCCUCUCGGCUGAACAGGUUAUCGAUUCCAUCAUCGAUCGAAAGAUGAAAAAAAGUACUGCUAAAGAAGAGGGGGCAUCUGACAACGGAGAAAAGAAGGAUUUUCUGCAGUUCCUUUUAGAUCUCAAGGUGCAGGAAGACACUGAAACACCGAUCACCAUGACACAAAUCAAGGCCUUGUUGAUGGACAUCUUGGUAGGCGGAACAGACACAACAGCCACAAUGGUCGAGUGGGUGAUGGCGGAGAUGAUUCGAAAUCCGGUGAUAAUGACAAGGGCACAAGAAGAAUUAACAAAUGUUGUAGGGAUGGGCAGCAUUGUGGAAGAGUCACAUCUGCCUAAAUUACAGUACAUGGAUGCAGUUAUCAAGGAGUCACUCCGAUUACACCCAGCACUCCCACUCCUGGUCCCCAAGUGUCCAAGCCAAGAUUGCACAGUGGGUGGGUACACUAUAGCAAAAGGUACUAAGGUAUUUUUAAAUGUCUGGGCAAUACAUAGGGAUCCACAGAUUUGGGAUAGUCCUUCUGAGUUCAAGCCAGAGAGGUUCUUGAGUGAGCCUGGUAGAUGGGACUACACAGGCAACAAUUUCCAAUAUCUUCCAUUUGGAUCAGGGAGAAGAAUAUGCGCAGGGAUCCCUCUGGCAGAAAGAAUGAUAAUAUACUUGUUGGCAUCACUUCUGCAUUCAUUCAAUUGGCAGUUGCCGGAAGGUGAAGACCUUGACCUUUCAGAGAAGUUUGGGAUUGUCCUAAAGAAGAGAACACCACUAGUUGCUAUCCCCACAAAAAGGCUUUCCAGCUCAGAUCUCUAUCUUUAAUGGAAAGUGGUUCGAAUUGAAGGAAUAAAAUUGUUGUUUAUUUUGUAUCCGCUCAUCCAGUCUUGCAAGUCUCAAUGAAUAAGGUACAUCUCUUAUA